AUGAUGAACAAUUUGCGGAAGGCCAAAAAGGAUCUACUAGACCGAAAGACAGUGGAUGGUAUGAUCUUAAAAAUGCUAUGGGAUAAAGUGUACGGCCAAUAUGACGCCAAGACCAAGGAACUCGCUAUAAAGAAGAUUAGAAGCCGAGCAGACUACGAACAUCUAGUUAAUCAUCUCAUGAAACUUCACAAAGAUAAAGCGAAGAAGAUCGUCGAUUUAGUAGCUGAAGUAAUGCUAGUAUACAUCAGUUAA